UUAUUAUUUGGUAUUGCUCGGUGCUCGGUAUUUCUUGUUUUUUGGCCGGAUUUGACCUCCCUCGGAGGACGUAAUGAUUGUUCCCUAAUUUCAGGCUACGCGAGGGCAGGUCGCCCCCGUGACGCACUGCAGUUGUUCGGCGAAAUGCCAAUGCCACCGGACGAAGUGACAAUGAUCGGCUUGGUCUCGGCUUGUGCUGCUAUUGGGGAUCUGGAGGCCGGAGAAGACCUGCAUAGUUACAUGGAGGCGAGGGGCCUAUGCUGGAUGGUGGCUCUCCGCAAUGCAUUGAUAGACAUGUACGCCAAGUGCGGAUGCCUGCUGCGUGCGCGGCAGUUGUUCGACGAAAUGAAAGAGGGGAAACGCAGCCUAGUGACGUGGAACUCCAUGAUAUGGGCUCACGCCGCGCACGGUGACGCUGAAGAAGCCAUUAAACUCUUCAGGAGAAUAUCAUCAAGGGAAGUUCAACAUGUGAGGCCGGACGGAGUGACCAAUCUAGCCGUGCUGAGCGCGUGUGCUCACGCCGGGCGAGUAGAAGAAGGCCGGAAGCUGUUUGACGAGAUGACGAAGAGAGGCGAGGAGGUUGGCGUGGAGCACUACGGGUGCAUGGUGGAUAUGAUGGGGCGGGCAGGGAUGUUGAAUGAAGCCUGGCAUCUUGUGGAGGUAAUGCCCUUUGAAAGCAACGACAUGGUGUGGGGGGCGCUGCUUGGCGGAUGCAGGAUUCAUGGUGAUGUGAAGAUGGGGGAGAGAGCGGUGGCGAAGCUUAUGAAGCUCAAGCCCGAGGAGGGAGGGUACUAUAUUCUGCUCAGCGCCAUUUAUGUGGAGGCUGGCCGACCUGUGGAUGCGGCCAUGAUCAGAAGGUCCAUGGAUUUGAGGAAAGCUACCAAGACUCCAGGCCUUAGCCACAACGGAAGUCAAUAAAGCAUAUAUUUUGAUGAUUUGAUCAGGCAACCCCAACUGGUGUUAAACUGUGAACACCAUUAAUUGGUGAAGUGAACAUAGGGUGGAAAGGAAAUUUAAAGCCUCUACUUCUCUUUUUGAAGGAUCAAAAGAAGAUAUGACGAGAGAAAUUACUCCUUAGCGAGGAAUGUAUAUUGUAUAGAGCCUUAUAAAAAGGAAAAUGGACACUACAUGACGCGACACACGGGUAUGAGCUAACCCAUGUCUGCUUUUACUUAACACCCGAACACUUUCAAAUCAUAUAUCAUUAUAUAAAUAAGUAUAUAAUCUGUAAUUAUUCACGGGCACCUCAGCACCUCAUUAUCAGCCACCCAAUUUUCAUAAACAGAAUUUGUCAAGUACUUUGCGCAUUGGCGCUUUCUACUUUCUAUGUAGAGGAAGCACUAUCGUUGCUAUUUUCAUCAAUGAGUGUAGAUGAUGCGGAGCAUUUUACAAUUGCCCGCAUAACUUACCGUAUAAUUGUAGUAGUAUCUUUUUUGUUAGCUGUAUAAUUCGGUUAUAGUACUAUUGCACCUUUAAUAUUUUAAUAGAAGACAUAUAUAUACUGAAAAGAAGAAAAGAGAAGGCAUAAUUGAAGAAGUAAACAAGAAACAAAAACAGAGAAGAGGAGAAGCACACGGAUCAAAAUAAAGAAAAGAUUUAUUAUUAUGUCGUUCUAAGAUACAAGCUAAUAAUCCUAUAUAUAGACUAGACAAGGACACUUGAGCCAACCGUAAGGUGACAAGUGUCAAGAUAUAUUUGAGUACAAUUUAUUUAGCUGUAAUAUCUCCCCGCAAAUUGAUGGGUCGUUGCAUGACCGUCAAUUUGAGCCUAAGUUGAUGAAACCGAGGGGUAGAGAGCGGUUUGGUGAAGAUAUCUGCAAUUUGAUCGACAAUACUUAUAGGAAGGAGACGGAUAUUUUGUUGUUGAAUAUGAUCCCGUAUGAAUUUCUGAUCGAUCUCGAUAUGUUUUGUACGGGCGUGAAACAUCGGAUUAUUUGCAAGAGCAAUAGCUGAGGUGUUGUCACAAUGCAUAUCAGUGGGUUGAGUCGGAGGAAGACCGAAUUCUGAUAACAAGCGUCCGAGCCAAAUAACGUCAGAAGCAAGGGCAGCCAAAGAGCGGUACUCAGAUUCUGUAGAGGAUCGGGCAACUGUAUGUUGCUUUUUGACGGUCCAAGAUAUCAGAGUGUUGCCAAGAAAAGAACAAAAACCUGAUGUUGAU